UUGAGAUUUCAGUUCAUGCCUUGGUGUGCACAUAAAACAGCUGGUAAAGAUCCCAAAGAAGAGAGGGAGGAGGAAGAGGUUUCCACUGUCCUCACCCAGGGGUCUCCUGUCAGUACAGCCAGGUCCGGCCGAGGCUGGCGCAGCAGCAGGACAGCUGCUGCUGCUCGCCAACGUGACUCAGAAAAUUCACGCAGCUCCAGGUCCAAGACUGGAUCCCUGCAGCUCAUUUGCAAGUCAGAACCAAACACGGAUCAGCUUGAGUAUGAGGUCACAGAAGAGCAUCAGUCUCCAACUGCAAUCAGCUGUGAUGAAGAGGAGGAGAUGCUGAUCAGUGAAGAAGAGAUUCCCUUCAAAGAUGACCCAAGAGAUGAAACCUACAAACCCCACUUAGAAAGGGACGCUCCAAAGCCAAGGAGGAAAGUAAGCAAGGGGAAGGAAGAAAAAGAGAAACAGAAGGAGAUUAAAGUGGAGGUGGAGGUGAAAGAAGAAAGUGAGUUUCGGGAAGAUGAGGAGCCACCCAGGAAAAGGGGAAGGAGGAGAAAAGAUGACAAAAGCCCACGGCUGCCUAAAAGAAGGAAGAAGCCUCCGAUACAGUAUGUACGCUGUGAGAUGGAAGGCUGUGGCACAGUCCUGGCCCACCCUCGUUAUUUGCAGCAUCACAUCAAAUAUCAACAUCUGCUGAAGAAGAAAUAUGUGUGUCCCCAUCCCUCUUGUGGACGGCUCUUCCGGCUGCAGAAGCAGCUGCUACGGCAUGCCAAACAUCACACAGAUCAAAGGGAUUAUAUCUGUGAAUACUGUGCCCGGGCAUUUAAGAGUUCCCACAACUUGGCAGUGCACCGGAUGAUCCACACAGGCGAGAAGCCUUUACAGUGUGAGAUCUGCGGUUUCACCUGCCGGCAGAAGGCCUCCCUGAACUGGCACAUGAAAAAGCAUGAUGCAGACUCUUUCUACCAGUUCUCCUGCAACAUUUGUGGCAAGAAGUUUGAGAAGAAGGACAGCGUGGUAGCACAUAAGGCCAAGAGCCACCCAGAGGUGCUUAUCGCCGAAGCACUAGCUGCCAAUGCAGGUGCCCUAAUCACCAGCACCGACAUCCUGGGCACUAGUCCAGAGGCCAUUGCCCCAACUACCGAUGGCCAGGGCCUGCCCCUCCUUCCUGACCCCUUACUGCUGGAUUUGAGAGGGCUGUUGAGACAAACUGCUUCAGCAGCAUCCAAAGCAGAAAUGGCUGGCGGCAAGAUGUUAGUUGGCAGCGGGAGCAGCGGGAGCACAGAAGGGCUGGUCAUGAACACGGAGAUUCUGGGAGCCACCACAGAGGUUCUGAUAGAAGAUUCUGACUCUACCGGGCCUUAGCAGGCAGGACGCACGCGGUAGCUGGGACAGCUCGGACUUUGUAUUUAAAAGAAAAACGGAGAAACUUGUUAAAGAAGUAAAACAAAGUUAAAAUACCAGUAAAUAAGCGAAGGGCCUGCUCCCCUCCAGUGUGGAUCACAGCACCCCCCGCUUCCUAUCCCCUUCUCUGUCCUCCUAUCCCUUCUCAGGAAAGGGCUGCCGCCAUUACUGGAGCAGGACAGAGCAAAGGAAUGUGCUGAGUGAAGGGAAGCAGUCAGAGGCCCUCGCUCACCCCACGCCCAGGCACCUUCCCUGCUCCUCAACAAAUCUGUUUGCAAACUUGAAGGAGUUUGGGCUCCGGACCAGCUUCUUGUUCCUCGGACUCCCUCUGCCCAACUUCUAUGCAUUGCUGCAUUCUGGUCCUUGCAGUCUUGUCUUCUUCCUCCUGGGGCUGGGAGUUUGGCUUGGCACUUUAGGGCCCCUCAGCUGGGUGAGCUGUAAAACAGCACCUGUCCCCCCUCUGGUACCCCUCCUCUCUGGCUCUGACGUGAAGCAGAGAGAACACCCUGGCACUCAGAUGGUGCUCGCUUGCUGAGAUGCUGGGGCUUGGCUCUGGACGAGAGCCCUGUGCGGGAGAGGCAGUGAGAAGUCUCCAAUUGGUGACAGUCAUUUGCACUUUGAACAUGUUUCGUUUUUGUGUGGUGGUAACAAAAGUCCUUAUUUAUUGAUCAGAGGGUCUGGUAUUUUUAAUUACAUUGGGGCGGAUUGGCCUAUUCCAAGGUGGGCUCCUUUUCAUCAGUGGAACUCGUGGGGUAAGCCAUGUUGGAGCAGCAGCUGCUAGGGCACAAAGAAUCAGGGUGGUGAAAGCACUACGAAGGGAAGUCCAGUAGCUGUUUGUUCACAGGGCAGUGUGAGACCCCAAGGGAGGAACUCCACUUGCAUUGUAGAGUUUUGGGGCAAUUGUUUGCUUGGGGGUGGGGUAGGCAGUGGGGAUGAAUAGCUUAGUAUAGGGCUCUGAACUGCAGAAAUAACUUAUAUUGUGGUCUCUUGCCCUCCCCAAUUUAUUGCAAGCUCCCUGCAUUAACCCUUUUUUCUCACUGAUUUAUCCUCACUCCUGCUGUUGGAAGGGUUAGCACUAUUAGCCAAGGAACUUGUUCUGGUCUUGUGACAGAUGUGUAACUAAGUAGUGCAGGAUCUCACAUUUCCCAUGCAAUUCUGCCUCCCCUUUCCUGAAAGACAUGGCUAUGGGGAAGAUAUUGGGCAUAGCUUGCACUUGAUUUCAAUAGAGGCAGACCCCAUCUCAUUAUGGGAAUGAUAACUUCUCUCCCUGCAUGGACGCCCUUAGGAGAGAGAGCAUGGGGUGGGUUCCCCCUACCCAUGCUCCUUACAAGGCCGGUUUUUGCACUUGGAUGCAGAUGUUCCUCUUUUCUGUGAAACAGGAUUCCAUUUUGCCUAAGAGCAGGAGAUGGGAAUGCAUAGCCUGGUAGUUAAGACAGCUGUUGUCCCUCAAAAAGGUUUAAGACAUCAUGUGUAUUGAAUGUGAAUCCUUUGCUCUGUCCCUUGUCAGAAACAUCAUGCGGUGACUUUGCCACUGUUUGCUUUUUUGGAAGAAGUGAGGAAUAUGUCAGUGUGGCUCAGAAGAAAGUUACAAUGCCCUGUUCAAACACUGAGCCAGCAAAACAUGCUUAUAGUAGAGUUGGUUGGAAAAUGUAGGUUGCUGCAGAAAAUUUUGACAAACCAGAAAAACAUUUAAUUGGAAUUGUGUAAACACUGAAAACAGGCUGACAACCAAAAAUUUCUGGGAAAAUCCUAGCAAAAUGUCUUGUUGCCGGUCAGGUCAACCUACAUUGAAAUAUGCUGGUCCAACAUUGUGGAACAUUUCACUUCACAUCCGUUUGGGUCAGUUAAACAUUAAAUUGUUUACCUGAGCAGCUGCAAGUCACCCCAUGUGCUGGGCUCUGUGUUCAAACUGCAUCUCCCUUGAUUCUGAAAUGAGAGAACUAAUGUCAUUUGGAGGGUUGUAAAAAAAAAAAAAUCAGUGCUGUUUGAACACUUGACAAUUGAAGAUUUUGGUUUUUGGGUGGGAAGCUUAACAUUUUCUGCAGACAAUUAAAUACAAUUCACUCAAAACUCAGUUUUGAUGGAAAGCUUUCAGCUAGCCCUAAACAUGUUUCGCUGACUAGAAUGGCUGUGGCUAACUCGUGAACCCACGUGUUAGAUCCUGAAUUUGCUUGGUUUGCAUUCUGAUGCGGUGCAGAUUAGCUUUAGCAGCCAGAUACUGCUACCAACAAGCUCUGCAGAAGCUGUGUGAAAACCCUUGGUUUGAAGUCUGGUGUAGCCCAAGCCUUCCAUGGAACGCUAAAAGGAGAACUUAGCCUUAUCAAUUUCCUUUUCUUUCUAAGGAUGGCCCAAAAAUGCCAUAUUGGGUGGAAAACGCACUUGGGUGGUGCAACAGCCAGCAGCCUGCUGUGGAGACUGCCCCGUGACUUACCCGUAGAGUGACGCAGCCCACUCACUCUCAAUGGGGAAAUAAGAUGGGUAUUUUUCCAGAAUAGGGGAAGUGUCUCCUGUUUCCAGGAGGCAGCAAUAAGUGGGUGAUUUGGCUCUGAAGUCCUUCAUGCUUGUCACUUCCUUGCCCCCUUGUCUCCCACACUUUUUCUAGUUCUAGCCUUCCUCCCUCCCUCGCCUUUGGUCUCAUCCUAUUGUUUCUAUCUUUAAACAUCCUUCUCACCUCAGGGCAGGAGAGACCUGUGUCCCUUCCAGCCCCGGGUUUAAAAAACAAAAACUGACACUCACUGCCUUCCUGCUGCUUCUCCCCCACUGGGUCUCUCCCACCACUCGCAUGCAGUUGGCUUCAAUAAAUUAUUGUAGUAGUUUGCAAUAAACAUUUUUGUAUUUUUUUCCCAUGUAUUUAUUUUUUUUUCCAGCGGCGGGAGCACACUGGGGAGCUGUGUGUAGGCUGCUUCCUUUUCCCCUUUCAUGUAGGCUGGUUUGUGGUGACUGACUUAACAUCCCUCCCCCCACCCCUUAAUGUUCAGUGGGGGUGCUCCCCAUGUAAGCUGUACCCUGCACAGUGGGGGUUGCCUCUUUCCUGUGAGCUUCACCUUCAUGGCAGGGUGCUGAAUUUUGCAGAGGGGCUGUUGCUUUGUGCAUGGGGCAUUGGCCACCCGCUGUUUGUCACUGCUGCCGCUCUACGUGGCAUUGAUGCUUUCUGAAAGAGCUGGCUGGGCAUCCUUCAACUCCUGGGACAGGGUGGGGAGACAGGGGACGCAACCUGGAUUAGCAUGAAACCUACCUUGGGGAUGGGGGUUAAGCUUUAUACUGCUUAGCAGCACUACCUGCAGUAGCCACCAGGUGGCAACACAGCUGUUGCAUUGGCACACCCCUCUAGUAUGGAACGAAAGCUGGGGAGAGGAAAUGCAUAAGCUGACAAACCUUUGCUAGAAGUCUUGUCCCACAGCGAGAGGGGGAGCCCAGGUAGCUACCUGAACCCAAGUUGGCCUUGGGGAAAGGGUAAUGUAAAAUGUAAUAAAGGGAUACUCUGCUUUUCAACUUGUUUUCUCUGAAUCUGGGUAAGACAUAACCAAAAUAAAUGUAUAAAGGAAAACGCAAUAAAAGUUGUUUGUCUUGGUGCA